CAAAUUGCUUCGUGGUGUUCGAGACGAAUAUUUAUAGAAAGUCUUUCGCAUUUUACUUCCGCGUCGUGUUAUGACGGUAGUUAAAACAAGCGCUGCGCACGUGUUAGCUGUCUUAUACUCAGUUGAUUAAUAUGACUGGUUUUUAUCGUGUCGAAUAGCUAUCAUGCCACGUUAAAGAUUCAAAUCCCGAUUACAAAUCUAUGAAAGUAUAUUUUUAAUCAGGAACAAAAUCUGAAUAUGUAGCUAAAGUUUAAAGAAGAAAAAAAAAGCACAAUGACAAGUGAAAUGAAUGAAAACAAUAUUAAAGAAGAAGCUUUUAGACUUUGCAAGGAUUUCCUAGGCCAACCAUGGACUGACAUACCUAUUUCUAAAUUUAGCAUUUCAACUGUGAGCGGUGGCGUCUCAAAUGCUCUCUAUUGCUGCUCCCUUGCAAACGAUGUGGUGAUAGAAAAUGCGAACACACCUCGCAGAGUGCUGUUAAGGAUCUAUGGACCACUACAGGAAGAAGAGCAUAAGAAAGUGACCGAAACAACUACCUUUGUGAUCUUGUCUGAGAAAAAAUUAGGACCCAAACUGUACGGAGUGUUCCCAAAUGGAAGAAUCGAAGAAUAUAUACCAUCAAAACAUUUGCCCUCACACGAUCUCAGGAGGUUGUCUACAUCAAUUGCAAGAUCUAUGGCUAAGAUUCAUGCAUUGAACCUACCACUCAGAAAAGCACCGGAUACAUGGUUAAAUCACGUGACAAAGUGGCUUGAAGACAUAAAAAACUUCAGAGCUCGUGAAACUACAGAGGUCGUCAUGUAUAAAGAAGAGAUGGAUUUCUUAAGAAAAGAAAUAAAAAAUUUUAGUUCUCCAUCAGUUUUCUGCCACAAUGAUCUCGUCCAAGGAAAUAUUCUGCUGCCUGAUGAGUGUGCUGAUGAUUUAGAGCCAAAUCUUAUUAUCAUUGAUUUUGAAUUCGGGGGAUACAACUGUAGAUCUCACGAUAUUGCAAACCAUUUGUGUGAGUGGGCAUAUGACUAUGAUGUUAGUGAACCACCUUAUUUCACUUUCGAUAUCAACAGAUAUCCAACAGAAGAGGAAAAGAUCAGAUUUAUUCAAUCUUAUGUAAAUCAACUAGUUUUGGAAAAAAUUAUUAAGCCAUCAGAAAUUGAGGCAGAAACAAACAAAAUUUUGAAAGAAAUUGAGUUUUUCAACAUGGCCACUCAACUCUAUUGGGCAGUAUGGGGAGAAAAGAACAAAUCUGAUGCAAAAGUUGGCAUAUUCCAUCAAGAAAAUUUAAAAACGAGAAUGACAAGUUACUGGAGAUUCAAGAAAAAUUAUUUGGCAAAAAGAGCUUGUGAAUAGAGCGUGAAAAGGUUCAACAUCAUGAUAUCGAGCUGAAACAAAUAACGCUAUGAAAUUAGCGUUGGUACCCAGCUGGUUGGUUUCCUGGUACGCUUGAUAUUAAUUGAACGAUCGUAAAAAAACUGCAUGUUUUGUAAAAAUCAUUUAUUAAAAAAUGUAGGAGAGAAAUUAAAAAAAUUUAUAU